GUCCCUCUCCCCUCCCCCUUGCGCACUCGCACACAUACACACACGCACUCUGAAACUGGUGUGAGUUCCCCUAUCUAACAGAGCCAGUUCCUCCAUUUAAGAUGCUGACUUGUUUAUGUUGAAGGGACACAACUUUUGCCAGCUCUAGACUACUUCUACUCCGAGGCUCGUUUUCGAGGGCGGUUUUUGUCUCUUCGCGUCUGGUCCGCUGCAGGAAACGGGGGAGCAUGAAGACUACUCUGUUGCUGAUCUGUGGUUGAUGGUGUCUUCGGGUACCAGAGGGAGGUUAACAGACGCGCACGGAGAGGAGUUUGACGGGCAGGGUUCGAGGCGUAGUCUGUGAGUGGUAGGUGAGAAGCCCUCACCAGCACCACCAGCAGCAGCAGCAGCAGCAGCAGCAGCAGCUCCUCUCCGUCCUGUGCCCGCUCUCGCUGCCCAGGGCACAUAAACACACAGAGGACACAGAGGAGGAGAAGGAGGAGGAGGAGGUGGAGGAGGAGCAGGGUCAACCAUGGAGCUGUAGGGACACGCUCAGAUGCCCGUGUGGAUCACCAGUGGAGGAGGAGUGCUGCUGAGGAGAAGAACUCUGCAAUGAACAAGACCAAAAGGAAGUCCAAUGUGGAGAGUCCGGGUGUGAUGAAGAGCAAGAAGCUGGUGCAGCGGAGGAGGAACACAUGUCCCAGUCCUCAGGACAUCAGCCGGGCCCUGCAGAGCCCCAGCUCGGCCCCCAGCGCCAGCGCCGCCAGCCUGGAUGAGCUCAUACAGCGCUGCCUGAACUGCUUCGAUUCGGAGGGUAAGCUGUCCAGCCCCAGAGGGUCCCAGCUGGUCCACAUGACCCUGAUGAUGCACAGCUGGGUUGUGCCGUCUCAGAUGUUCGCCCAGAAACUUCUCACUCUAUAUAAGGAUUGCCCCUCGGAGAAGAGAGAGCCCAAGCGGACGCAGAUCUGCCACCUCGUCAGGCGGUGGAUCAGCCAGUUCCCGGCGGUGUUCGAGGUGGACCCCCUCCUCGAGCAGACCAUGGGGGACCUGUGGGCGCUGGUCCAAUCAGACGGAAAGGAAACGCACUCGCAGCUCAUUGACAGCUCCUGCUUAAGCCCUCAUGCGAACAUAUCCCAGGCGCCCUCGCCCUCCGUGAAGAAGAGGAAGGUGUCGCUGAUCUUCGACCACAUGGAGCCGCACGAGAUGGCCGAGCAUCUCAGCUACCUGGAGUUCAAGAACUUCUGUAACGUUUCGUUCAUGGACUACCGGAGCUACGUGGUGCGCGGCUCGGUGAGGGACAACCCUGCUCUGGAGCGGUCGGUCAUGAUGUGUAACGGCGUCUCCCAGUGGGUCCAGCUGAUGAUCCUCAGCAGACUCACGGCCCAUCAGAGAGCGCAGGUCUUCACCAAGUUCAUCCACGUGGCUCAGAAACUUCGAGCUCUGCAAAACUUUAACACGCUAAUGGCAGUAACCGGAGGCCUCUGUCACAGCUCCAUCUCACGCCUCAAAGACACUUCUAACCUGCUGCCUCCUGACAUCACUAAGGCCCUGAGUGAAAUGACAGAAUUGCUCUCCUCACGCAGCAACUUCAGCAACUACCGGCGGGUCUACAACGAGUGCACCGGAUUCAAAAUUCCCAUCCUGGGGGUCCACCUGAAGGACCUGAUCUCGCUGAACGAGGCCCUGCCGGACUACAUCGACGAGGAAAAGAUCAACCUGAGCAAGCUGCAGCACCUGUACAGCAACAUCAACGACCUGCUGGCCAUCCACAGCUGCACGCCGCCCUUCGAGGCCAACAAAGACCUCCUGCAUCUGCUCACGCUCUCUCUAGAUUUAUACUACACCGAGGAUGAGAUAUAUGAACUCUCAUACACAAAGGAACCCAAGAACCCCAAGAUCCAGCCUGUAGCUCCGGUUAAAUCUCCGGUGGUGGCAGAGUGGGGGUCAGGGGUCACCCCCAGGAUCGACCCCGACACCAUCUCCAAGCACGUCAAACAGAUGGUGGAUUCCAUAAUGAAGAACUACGACCAGAACCAAGAUGGCUACAUUUUACUGGAAGAAUUUGAAAAAAUAGCAGCCAACUUCCCGUUCUCUUUCUGCACACAAGAGACUGAUAGAGAGGGACAAAUCAGCCGUGAAGAAAUCACCUCUUACUUCAUGAGGGGAAUGUCUGUAUGUGCCAAGCUGGGCUACAGCUUCAAUGACGCACACAACUUCCAUGAAACCACAUACAAGCGACCGACGUUCUGUGACACAUGCGGAGGCUUUCUGUGGGGAGUAAUCAAACAGGGCUACCACUGUAAAGACUGUGGGAUAAACUGUCACAGACACUGUAGAGAUCUGGUGGGGAUGGAGUGCUUGAAGAAACACAAAAACACGACUGGGUCCUGUCCGUGCACCCCGGCCCCCGACUCAAAAACCAAGGGUAACAGCUGGAGCUCGGAAGAGGACACCUUCGUUUUCCCCCAAAGCAACGAGACGGAACACAAUAAGGGCUCAUCGGUUUGGAAAAUCAACAGCAGCGACCCGACGCUGUCGGACCGAUCCACUCAGACGGACCCCGGAGUGUGGAUGCCGGAGAGGAAAGACAAAAGAGGAAACCACCUCAACUCUGUCGUCCACACGUCUCCAAGUAGAAAGGUCAACACUCUGCCGCAUAGAAACCGUGGCUGCUCCAUGCCGGUUUCCUUCUUACAGGAGAAGAUGGAGGAGCUGCACCUGUACAAAGACAAAAGCCGAGAGCCGGACUGAACGCUCUCGAGUCAAGUCAUCCACACGGACAAUACAGACACCACCGAGCCUCAGACGGAGAAGACGUCUGACUGGUGUUGAACUGAUGACAAUUACUGGUCAUUCACUUUAAAAAAAAAAACAAAAAAACAACAAAAAAAAAACAGUAAUUUUAAAUGGACUCCUUCGUGUUUUUCGAGUACGGCCGUGACAUGUUUGUAAUAAAAUGUUUGUCUGUCUUAUUAGUUUGGCUGUGAGGCUUCAGACAUGGUCUUUCCUACUGUAAUUUAUGAACACCUUGUUUUGUUUUUGGAACAUGUGCCUUUGGGUUUCUGGUGCUAAGAUCCCACACAACCUCUGUUCAAACAUGUUCAUCACACACAUUAAAAAAACGCAGGGUAGGAAAUUAACACUACACUCAACGGUAUUUGGGUUAAUUGUUAACUUAAGAUGCAUGAAAAAAUGAAAUUACUGGAUUUAAUUUCACUGCUACCGCAUAUAUACAUACAUUCGGUUGAUAAUAUAUCCAGGAAAUGUUAUUUAAUGUUUAUUCUUUUGUGUGAACAGAUUAACAAAAAUACAUCAUCCAGUUUGGGUUUUUUUUUAGAGCACUGGAAGGAGCUGAAAGCCUGAAAAUAUUGAUUUCCUGCCCUGACGACAUGCUUGACUUUAAAAAGUUCACUCGAGAUCCACUGGAACAAAAAACAUAUGGUCCCAAAUCGGAACAUUAAUUAUAGCUGAAAGCUUACGUGUUUUCGUCCUUUGUCCAUGGUUUCAAUUUUGUUGGAAAAAGAAAAGAAAAAAAAAAAAAAAAAAAUACAGCAACAUUGAAUCAUCAUCAGUAUGUGUUGUGUUUACUUGUAGAAAAUAAGGAUCACAUUUACAUCUACAGGCGUAUACAACUGUGUUUAUUGUAUAAAGACAAGAAGACAGCUGGUCAAAGUCAGAUUUUGCAUUUGCAGGUAGAAAAAAAUGGGAUUUGACAGAACAGGCGUUUUAACUAUUGGACUCAAUGAACAGCAAUCACAAAAAAGGGGUGGAAAAAAAAAAACCUGAAUAUACAACUACACAACAAGAGUGGCAAAAUAUUCUUCUUGGAGAUUAACGCUUUACUACUGUACUACCGUAUCAACACCUAUAAAAAAAAAAAGAAAAUGCUUUGAUGCAGUAACUAAAAUGGG